CUCCCACCCCCUCGCACCACCAAUGUGAGAGCAGGGCUGCCCCACCCACCUUCAAACCCCCGCCAGCUGGGCUGCUGGAAGGAUAAGACACAGGGAGUUAUGCUUUUGUUUCUCAGACAAAAUUUCGCCAGCACGGAGAGCAGCGAAGAUUUGGCCGGGAAUUAACUGGGGGCAGUUCUCUGGCCUGUUAUCCAGGAGCUCAGCCUUGGUCCCUCCUGGCCUGGGAAUCUACCAAUCUCCGCCAUGACUUCUUGGAAUCCGUCUUCUCGCUCUGGUGCUGCCCGGUGGACAGGGACACAAAGUGGGCAGAACCAAGAGCACGUGGCCCUGGGGGGGUUUGAAUGUUGCGCCGGGACGGCGACCGUCACGAAGGGGGUGUGGAUGUGGGAUCAGCCCCUCUGGGUCCAGGGCCAGGAGAGGAAGGUGGCCGUGUUCCUGGUGGACACCGAGGGCUCCCUGGACCUGCAGCGCCGCAUGGAGACCAGCAUCAAGCUCUCCGUGUUCAGCAUAUUGCUCAGCUCCUACUUGAUUUUUAACAUUUCCAGCACAUUUACGCGGACGGAGACAGAUUAUCUGGAGAUGUUCGUUCAUGUUGCGAAGGAGGUCGGAGAGACCUGCAGUCUGCCCCCAAUCCAGCGCCUGGACCUGUUGGUGCGAGAUUGGCAGCUCACCGGAGCCUACGGCGCAGACGCGGGGCAGGAGUAUCUCAAAGACAUCACACAGGACCUGGCAGCCUCUGCUGAGCAGCCCCUGGUGUUGGGAGCCCUGAGGGCGAGAGGGACCAGGUGCUACCUACUGCCCCACCCUGGCACUGGGUUCACCAAGAGCAGGGCAGGGACGCCAGGCGACAUGGACGAGGAUUUCCGGCAGUCCCUGUGUGACUACAUCAGCACCGUGGUGCGCUCAGCAGGGACACACGUCCGGAUGGACCGAGCCGGGCUGGUGCUGACGGGGGCUCAGCUGGCUGCCAGGAUCAAGCACGUCUCCCGAUACUUGAAGACCCAACGCUACGACUUCUCCUCCCCUCUGAAGAUGGCUGAAGCAUUUGCAGCGAUGAGAAAGGAGAAAAACAGCAAAGCAGUAGAAGCCGCCAGGAGAGAAUAUGAACAAUUUGUGCAGGAGCUAGACCGUGGCCACCAGAGUAUAAACUGCUGCCUGAGGGUGAAGCCUGAGGAGAUGAAGAGACGGCUGGAGGGGAAACGCAGGGAGCUGCUGAAGCAUUGCCAGGGGCAGCUGUGGGGCGAGGACACCCAGAAACAGGCUGCCCUGAAGGUGCUGGAGCAGGGGCUGGCCAGGAAGACAUCCAACCACUGAGCCACCCGCUCCCCCCCCCCAGCCAAGUUCCUAACGGCCUACGGACAGCGCUUUAAAGAGAAGGCUGUGCGGUUGGGCCUGUACAUUGGAGGGAGUGUCCUGGCUGUGGUGGGUGCGGGUGUUGUGGCGGGCAUCAGCCCAAGUUUGGUGGUCAAGGUCGGAGCGGGGGGCCUUGUCCUGAUCAGGAGGAUGGUGGCAACACUUCCCCUCUCACAAGCACGGAGUCUGAGUGUAGCAAAAGCCUUUUAAUAAAGGAGGGAAAUAAUGUGGCAUUAUGUUGGGGAAACACCACAGACAGGAUUCAUAACAUCAACCAUGAGCAAAAGACCUACCCCCAAGUAAGUUUGGAAGUGUCCUUUUCCCCUGAGAGUCUUAAGUCCAGCAGCCCAACAGUCACCCCACCCACAGUUUCUGUCCUUGGUCAGUGCAGUUCCAGAGUUCAGAACUUCAUCUGCAGUGUUUAGCUCCCAGCCUGAGUGGAAGAGGGUGGAGGUAUGGCGGCACGUUACAUGCUCCACUGCUCAGGUCCAUGGCCGAUUGCCACGCCUCUCCAUGGGGUUCUGCUGCAGUGUUCACCGCCAGCCACUCCUCUCCACCAGCCCCUCACCAACAUGUCUUCAGACUCCCCCUCCACUUAACACAGCUUGCUGUGAUUUCAGCUGUUAGUAGGGGAGCCUCAGUGCUGGCACACUCAGAACCACAAGCCCAAAGUAGGACCAAUGCUUAGACCUAGAAAGCAGUAAUCUCAGUUCUGCAGUACAUAACAAGACUCCUAACAGAAUCAAAAUUAACUCUGCUAUUAUUAUAUGGAGGAAGAGGGAGAGAAGAAAUCAAAGUUUUGUUUCAUGCCCUAGAAGGGACCCACAUCUAUCCCCCAGACUAUCUCAAUUCACAGGGCUUUGGAACCCAUGUCCCUUGCCUAGCGAGUACUACUUGGUUGAGGGCGAGUUCCUCCAUCAUAAAAUGUCAAGUACAGUUCUACUGUCCUUGAUUCACAUAACCAGGAUAAUAACACUUUAGUACUCCUGCCCCAAUAGCAAAGAGACUGGGGGGUCCCACAGCAGCCAAAGUGACCAUUUGGGCAAGCAGGGUGGGUGUGCCCAUGCAAACUAGAUCAGUCCCUGAAGUUAUUUUCCACAGCUCACCACCAGAUGUCAGGGUAGAGCUCAUUCUGACUCUGCUUAUAGAUAGAUAGAUAGAUAGAUAGAUAGAGAGGGGGUGGAUGAGCUCCGAGCCGGCCCCUGCAUCUCUCCGUUGCAAGUUUCAUUUGGUUUUCAUUUUCAAAAACUGGGUGGGAACUUGAUUGUCAUAUUUUGCAUUUGGGGUUUUUUCACAUUUUCUUCCCACCUGAACAAGUGUGUGGAGUGGACAAUUUUGGUUUUCCCCCCGCUCAUUUCCCACUGAUUUGAAAAAUGAUACAAAUGGAGGAGGGACAUUAGAAAACCCCCAAAUCCCCCUUCCAACAUUUUUCAGUUUAUUCUUGGGGCUCCAGCGGGGGGAGGGCAGGGCCUCGGGCAGAAGGAGUGGGAGGAAGCAGGCUAGCCUCCCCAAAGGGGGGGGGGGUGGUUCACUAGUCAUCCAUUUGAUUGGUAAAAUCUAAGCAUAGGACUCACAAUCAAGUGCUAAGUGUAAGCUCCUCAGCCACUGUAACAGCCUUAACAUGGAGUCCCAGACAGUCCCCUCGGGAACUCCGAUCUAACUGGUCACUGUGACGUUAUUGACAGAAUCUGUAACCAUAUAGAUCACU